CUAAUCUAUCACUCCUUUCAUAUAUUUUCUUCUACUCUGAGACAUAGCCUGUCUUUCCAGGGUUUUAAAACAAAACAUAAUAGGAGUAUGGAGUAUCAAAAUCAGCCUAUCGCAAAACGGCUGCUUGUCUGCUUCCUCUCCAAUACUCUUCUCCUUUUUUAAUCCGACCGACCAGGCGAUCGUUUAGCAGCCACUACCACUUCCACAGAUCAACGUAGAUCUCUGAAAGCAUCAGAUUUGCAUUAGUCAACCAUCCUGUUAAAGAAGCAUGUUAGAGAGCAAGGAAAACCCAACUUUGAACAAGUCAACUGGUUUGCCUCGGAAGCGCUUCUAUCGAGCUCGAGCCCACAGUAAUCCAUUAAGUGAUUCUCACUUCCCUGUUCCACUUUCACCUCAUCAUGUUGAUUAUUCCCUUCAUUAUCCCCAAAUUUUUACUUCACCUGACCGAUCCGGAGAUGCAAGAAAGAUCGAGUUUGCUGACAUAGGAUGUGGUUUUGGAGGGCUUCUCAUUAGCCUUGCAACUUUGUUUCCUGAAAAGUUAAUGAUUGGUAUGGAGAUAAGAGAUAAAGUGACAGAAUAUGUAAAGGAACGGAUUUUGGGCUUAAGAACAACAAAUCCUGGUCAAUACCAGAAUAUCUCUGUGGUACGGACUAACUCCAUGAAGUAUAUUCCAAACUAUUUUGAGAAGGGUCAACUAUCAAAGAUGUUUUUCUUGUUUCCCGAUCCACACUUCAAAGAGAAGAAUCAUCGUCGUAGAGUUAUCAGUCCAUUCUUGCUAGAUGAAUAUGCUUAUGUUCUUCGAGAAGGCGGAAUUAUCUACACUAUCACUGAUGUUGAAGAGCUGGGGGUGUGGAUGAAGACAUGUCUUGAGAAUCAUCCCAUGUUUGAGACUAUUCCAAACGAAGAACUUGAAGCCGAUCCAGUUGUUAAGCUAUUAGAAUCUGCAACUGAGGAAGGGCAGAAAGUCGCUAGGAAUGGGGGGCAGACCUUCCGAGCAGUGUUUAGACGGAUUGCUUUGUCCUUUUAGUAUGCAACUUCAAAUGCUUUCUUUAGUUUUUUUACAGAAUAUAGAGGUCCUAACUUUGAUAGUGCUUUCCCGAGGAAUGAUCCAUUUCUGAUACAUUGUUACUGACAAGCUUUUAUCUAGAUUUGUCUAGGUUUAUGUAGAGGACUUCAUAUUGUUGAGAUUAAGAUUUUGACAUUUGCCGUUGUAGGAAUGAUCCGAUUUUGAUAUAUGAAAUCUGCAGUCUGCGAAUAUGCAAUGUUUCUGUUGUU